UGGGACCAUGGACUCUUCCUUACUUCAAACCUUCUUGACUCCCUGCCUGCUUCAAUACAUUUAAAUCGUCCCCGCUCCUGCAUUGCAGAUGAAUCUCCUGGGUGCUGUACCGGUUUGGGUUCUGCUAGUAGGGGCAUGGGCACAAGGGUUACCCGGUAUGUUUCAUCUCCCAUGCGACUCCCCUGAGGCAGAGGCUGCAGCACUAGUGGCACAGGAUUACCUCAAUGCCCAGCACACUCAUGGCUACAAGUAUGCUUUGAACCAGAUUGAGGAGAUAAAGAUCAUUACCACACCUGGGGGUGGAGAGGCCUAUCUGAUGGACCUGGAGUUACUAGAAACCACAUGUCAUGUCCUGGAUCCCACACCUGUGGCCAACUGCACAGUCAGGCCCAAAUACUUGACGUCGGUCGAGGCAGACUGUGAUGUGGUGUUGUCAAAUGUUGGUGGAGUUUUAUCCGUCACAUCUUUCAAGUGUAAAACGGAAGAAUCAACUGAGGACAUAUGUUUGGGUUGUCCUAUGCUACUGCCGCUUAAUGACACUGCAGGCCUAGAGCUUGUCUCUGCCUCUCUUGCCUCUUUCAACAACAAGACAGGCAAUGAGUCUUUGUUUGCUCUGGAGGAAGUGGGACGGAUGACCUCUAAGGUGGUAAGUCCUAGGCUUCUAUACCAGGCAGAAUACAUUAUAACAGAGACCAACUGCACCAUAGAGAACAACAAUAGCUGCGUACCUCUGCCUGAUCCUCAACGUGGCUUUUGUCAAGCACAAGGUGGGAGUUUUGGGAACACAGUUGACUGCAUGAUAUUUGUAAGAAAGACUGUCAAUGGCACCAAUGACACAGUGCCAGCUCCUCCGCCUGUGGUCCACGUCCACACAGGAAACCUUCUCAAACCAGGGCUGAGGCACCACAAGCUCACCUACUUUCAUGACCCUGACUCCAGCGGCAUUCUGUCUGCUGAGUCCCAUGAGGUGGUGCCUGUGGUCCCCAAAGUCACAGACGUGCCUGCCACAACAAAUGCCCUGAAUGCUACAGACAGCCUUGCUGUUCAGCCCACGUUGCUAGUACCAUUGUGCCCAGGGAAGGUCAAACAUUUCUGAGAAUUAAGGGUUCAUAAAGCUCUGCUGCUCUGAAAACAAAUACAGUAGACAGCUCCAGCUACCCACAGCAAUACUGGUGCGAAAGAUUACUUUGAUCAACUUCAAUAAGCAAGUGUGAGUAUUCUUUUUUGCUGUUAAAUAAUUAUAAAAGAUCUUUCUACGGCUUCACAAGUUGUUGGGCCUCUGCCUUGUUUGACUGUACCAAACCCCCUUCCCACUCAUUAAAUAAACCUAUUGAACUCACUAAAUAAACUACCCAA